GAAUAUGCUUCUAUCUCUGAGAAGAAACAGAACAUCCUAAACCUGUUGGCAUGCUGGGAUGAUGACUCUGCAAAUAGAAUCGUACCAGAUUCCAGGUUCCCUACUGGAGGUAGUGAUGGAUACAGAAGCUGUAAGGAAAUCAAGAACUCAGACAAAUAUGCUAAAGAUGGAAUUUACAUGCUUAUCUCUAAAGAUGGAGUGGUCUACCAGACCUUCUGUGAUAUGACAACCAAUGGUGGAGGUUGGACACUCGUGGCAAGCGUACACGAAAACAGCAUGAGUGGGAAAUGCACAACAGGAGACCGCUGGUCCAGCCAGCAGGGAAACAACCCCAGUAAUCCAGCAGGAGAUGGAAACUGGGAAAAUUAUGCCACAUUUGGGCUACCAGAUGGUGCAACCAGUGAUGAUUACAAGAAUCCUGGAUAUUAUGAUAUUACUGCCAAAGACCUGGGUCUGUGGCAAGUUCCCAAUAACAAACCCUUGUCUCUGUGGAGGAAUUCAUCUCUGUUGCGAUAUCGCACCGACAAUGCUUUCUUUAAUCAGGAGGGUGGAAACCUCUUCCAGCUUUACAAGAAAUACCCUUUGGUGUACAAUAUUGGAGCCUGUUUGGCACACAAUGGACCUGCUGUUCCUGUAGUGUAUGAUUUUGGAAGUGCUGAUAAAACAACAGCUUACUACUCACCAAACGGAGCAAGAGAGUUCACUGCUGGCUAUGUUCAGUUCCGAGCUAUUAACACAGAAAGAGCUCCCUGGCUUUAUGCCCUGGAAUGA